AUGUACGGCAACAAUACCCAAGACCCCCACGUUGGGGCACGAUCGCACCUUUAUAAGGAAGGUAAUACAGAAGGAAUGAGGCAGCGUGGAUUAACAAUCUGCGACGCUUGUCGCCAGAGGAGAUCUCGAUGUACUUUUGAAGUCGCCGUCCCCGUAUGCACUCAAUGCCUGAUGCACAGUACAAACUGUUCCAGCCGUUCCAGAAAGACAAAAGUCGAGUCGAUGAAAAGAUCUCAAAAAAUAAGAACAUUGGAAGCUGAUAUUCGACGAAUGGAAGGUAUAUUGCGAUCUGUUGGCAUCGAUCCCGGGGAAAGCAUGCUCGAUAUAGAACCGAUUGAUGACGAGGAUGAGCUCGAGUCAGACAUGGAUGAUUACGAUAGCAGCAAUCACUUAAGUAGUGACUAUUCAUCGGCAUCACCUGAAGACAGGAAGAGUUUCGAAUCAGUCACCACUCCACAGUCUGCGUCUAGUGUUAGCGUUGAAAGUCCCAGUCAAGCAAUCGUUCUAAAGACAGACCGGGGCCGCGAAGGCAUAUAUUUUGGAUCUUCAUCGAGCUACCACAUUCUGUCCGAGGAAGGAAUUCGAUUCAUCCGCGAAAAGUCAGGCGUGGAAGACUUUCCCAAAGACCUACUAACACAGCCUUGCUGGACAUCUCUCAACUUUCCACCGCUGCCUGUCAACAUAUACGCCAACUUAUUCGAAUGCCGGGUAUACAAGGCGCUUCCACCUCGAUCCGAAGUUUUCUCUCUGUUGCGAAAUUACUUCAGCACAAUCAACCGCAUAUUCCCCAUCAUUCAUGAGAAGACAUUCAUGGACAUGGUCGAGUGGCAGUACACCCAGCAAAAAUGUACCGAUGUUGGUAGAUGGGCUAGUAUCAAUGCUUUGUUGGCCCUCAGUUUCAGAUAUAGGGACGACCGUGGCCCACGACCUGAAAAGGACGCUGAAAGAGCUUGGCUAUACUGGAAAAAUGCGGCCGCCGUGUAUACGGAAUUGUCGUUGCGGCCUAAUGAUAUUCUUGGCAUUCAAGCUCUGCUCGUUAUGGCUAUAUUUGCUCGGGUCAAUGGUCACCUCCAGCUGGCAAUCCCACUGAUUACCGCUGCUAUGAAGUCGGCUCAAGCUCUGGGCUUACACAGGCGAAAUCUAAAUCCCAAUAUUAGUGCUUCAGAGCUAGAAACUAGGAAGAGAGUGUGGUGGUGUAUAUUCGUUAUGGACCAAGGUAUUGGUAUCAAAACUGGAAGAGGAUACUUGCAACAUCCGGAUGACUCCGACGUUGACUUGCCUAGCGAAAAUCCAAAAGCAUUCAAUGAUAUUCAGAACGGAUGUAGAUGGAGCAUCAGAUUGUUCCGUUCAACUUGCACUCAUGCUAUUCUCGGCUCUACGAUCUACCGUGAGCUGUACGCUACCAAAGCAUUUUACAAAUCUUUUCCCGAAGUCUGCAAGACCGUCAAUGACCUUAGCGACCAAUUACGGGAAUGGAAAAAGGAGUACUCAUGUCUCUCGUAUACGCCACCGAAGUCUAAAGAAUCCGAAGAUCUUAAUCGAGAUGAGGAGGUGAAGAUAGUCGCCCACAUUUCCGAGAAACUGUGUUAUCUCAAUUCCAUCAUUUUGAUCAAUCGCAUGCCGCUGCUGUUUGAAAUUGCUGGGAUGAAACGAACGCAUCCCAACCGCGAUGCAAUAAAACACGUGUCGGCGACUUCUCGACACCACAGCUUGAUUUGCCUGCAUGCUGCGCGAGACUCCUUGAAGUUACUAGAUCGAUUGCCUUGGAGGGACGUUGGAUUCAGUUGGGCACUUUUGGACUUCCUUUUCUAUGCAGCAUCGAUUCUUUUCACCCAUAUCGUUGAGGAACCUUUGAUGUCUGAAACUGGCUCCGUCGAAGAGAAUCUGGGCAUGUUGAAUCUUGCAACAAACUAUUUCUCCACGCUGGCUUCGAUGCAUGGACGAUCCAAAUCGGUCAAGUUCAUGGCUAGCAUGAGCGCUAUCAUGGAGCGCACGGCGAAGAAAGUCAUCGACAAAGCAUUAAAAGAGGUUAACAUUACAGUCGGAAACAGGAGAAAGGAAGAAACAUAUUCAUCAACGCCAAGACAGCCUCCGCCGCCUAAUACAGUCGAGCAGCCAAGCAAUAUGCAAUUCACCAACCCCGACGUAACUUCGUCAAUGCCAUUUUCUAGCGAUCCAUUCGCUGAUGGUACCAUUCCAGCGGGACUUGGAGAUGUGUUCUCCCAGAACGGCGCCCUCUCGUACAUGGUUCCAAUGUCAGAUCCAAACAUACAGAUGGCGGAUGCAUACUCGCAAAUGUACAACAAUCUGUAUCAAUAUGAUAUACCUUCCUAUAUGACAGCACCGGUCCAUGAUGCAUUCUGGGGGCAGCAGGCGGUACCUGAUUUAAUGGGCAAUAUUCCCAUGCAAGGAAAGUAUGAUCAGAAUAUGGCCAAUGACGUGCUGCUCGAAUACAUGUGGAACAACAGCGGAUGA